AGAAAAUUCUAGUCUAUAUAUUGUUAGAACAUUUCUUAUCCAAAUGAUAACAUGGUCCCUACAAAUAUACUAUUUGCAAUUAAUUUAAACCCUUACACGUAUGAGUAUAUAUAUGUGUGUGUUUGGAGAAACAUCAUAUUCUUAUACCCUUUUGGAUGGUGAAUCUUUUGCCAAUGUGUCCCCUAAGCCGCAAUGAGCUAGAACUGAUUUUUGAGAAUCUAGAUUCAAAUGGCGAUGGAUUUGUAACCCUUGAGGAGCUGAAUCAGUUACUAAAGAGAACAGGUUUCAAGUUUAGCAUAGAGGAGCUUGAAUCUCUAGUGGGGGUGAAGAGUCUAGACAUGAGUGAGUUCAUGUUAUUUUAUGACUCCAUAAAUGGGGGGAGGAAAGAUGGUGAUGAGAUUGAGGAGGUAGAGAGUGAUCUUUUGAAGGCUUUUAAGGUGUUUGAUUUGGAUGGAGAUGGAUUCAUCACUAGUCAAGAAUUGGAAUGUGUGUUGAAGAGGCUUGGGAUGUGGGGUGAAGAAAGGGAUUGUAGAUCAAUGAUUUACUCAUAUGAUACUAAUUUAGAUGGCAAGCUUGAUUUCAAGGAAUUUAAGAACAUGAUGUUGCUUACACUAAAACGUAUUUAGAAUUUAACAUUGCUAAGUUGCGAAAGAAUUGUAAUCAUUAAAUUUUAGAUUAUUUUAGCAAGUGCGAAUGGUAGAGGUCUAUCAAUAGAAAUUGUGUUAGACUGUUAGAAGCUAAUAAAUGGAAAGUAG